AUGAUAUCCAUUGGUAACACUAUCGUCGUUUACGGUAUUGCUGAUGAAACAAGGUAUUUGGACGCCCUCAUGAUGUGGCUGAGGGUAGUUUCCUUGGUGCUUCUGGCCGGUGUGACAGCUGUGAAGCGUGAAGAUUUCAAGACUUGUGAACAAUCGGGAUUCUGUAAGCGGCAACGAACUGUCAAGGACACCGGUUACGAAGUGCUUCCAGAAACAGUGAAGCACUUUGAUGAUUACUUAGGUGCAGUGCUACGGAAUGCAAACAACCAACUCGCUUUCCGGUUAUGGGGUCUCAAGGAUUCAACUGUUAAAAUUCGGGUGGAUGAAACUGAUACUGCAAUCAGGAAACGAUUCUACCCAGAAAUGGCCCUCAGUGGUCAACCCGAGAAGUUGCCAUUUUCUGCUGUUGAUGUUAAAUCAGACUCCGUUCAUAUUACCACUGGCGACAAGAAGUUGAAGGUCGUUGUAACGUUCAAACCCUUCGUUGUGGAAAUUUACAAUGAAAAGUCAGAGCUCAUCGCUCAAGUGAAUCGCGAUGGGAAACUGAUGGUGGAGGAGUAUCGUAAACAAGAGGAAGGAAAGGAGUACCCCGAGGAUUUCUGGCAAGAAACUUUCAAAUCUCACACCGAUUCGAAACCUUUUGGCUCCAGUAGUGUUGGGGUUGACAUCUCUUUCGUUGGUUUCCGCAACGCAUACGGCUUACCGGAGCAUGCGGAUUCAUUUUCGUUGAAAUCCACUGCAGGCAACACAGACCCCUUCAGGUUAUACAAUCUUGAUGUGUUCGAAUAUGAGCUCAACAAUCCAAUGUCGCUUUAUGUUGCUGUGCCGUACAUUGUGGCUCACAAAAAGAACGCAACAGUUGGAGCUCUUUGGUGGGUGAUGCCGGGAGAAGAGGUGCCACAUUUUGAUGCCCAUUUUAUGUCUGAAACUGGUCUGAUAGAUAUCUUCUUCUUUGGAGGACCUUCACCGCAAGAUGUUCAGAGACAAUUAUCGCGCAUCAGCGGGGUGAACGAGAACUUCGAUGUAUACGACAUCCCUAUGGAUGUGAUGUGGUUGGAUAUUGAACACACUGAUGGCAAGAAAUACUUCACAUGGGAACCUCACAAGUUCGCUCAUCCAAAGGAAAUGAUCGAUGGGUUAGCUGCUAAGGGUCGUAAAAUGGUGAACCAGCUAUUGAUCCACAUAUAA